UUAGACACAGUACAAUUGGACACAACUGGCUUUGAUUGGCUAAUCGUGCUUGAUCGUGCUGAUUACCCUAGGCAUCGGUCGAUAUAAUUGGCUGUGUCUAAUCGGGCAAUCCCCGCUCACAGCGCAUGAGCGUGGAAAGCGAACGCAGUCUUGACCGCGGUCUGAGUGAAGGAGAGAAGUAAGAAUUUUUAAUUUCAGCAUACCUAACGUUAUAUUCCGAACAGAAACAAAUUUUCCCAAUAUGGAUAAAAGAAAAUUAAUAUUUAAUACAGGCUUGCAUAAAAAUUUACAAUCAGUCAGUCAGAUAUUAGAGCGAACUAGUUCUAAUAGCUCUAUUAUAAACGAUAAACAAACAAAUUUUCAUGCAACCAAGAUUGCAAUGCAAGAAAAGGUAGAUUUAUUUUGUGAUGAAAAAUUAUCAAAUAUUGGAUCAUCAAAAUCAUUGGUCAGUCAGUCAGUGGUAAAAAAUAAAUCCUUUGUUGAAAAUAAAGAAAUAAAUUUUUGUGAAACUGAGGAAGAUAUAUCGAAAAAGGAAAAUUUUAUUGUUGACAAUAAAUUGUUGAAGACUAAACCAUUAAUAUCAAAACAGCUUAAUAGCCAAAUAUUACAAAACACAUCUGCAACAAGUCAACAAGACAAUGAUGAUCAUUUGUCAGGGAUAAAUAAGUCCUUACAUACUGUUAAUUAUUCAGUUAGACGGAAACGUAAAGUUGUUUGUUCACCAGAGGAAGCUUCAGAGAACGAUCUUGACUUUUCAUAUAAUGAGCAUACAGCUAUAAAGAAGAAACGGAAUGAAAUUAUACUCGAUCGAAAUUUGGAACAUGAUGCCCAUGAUGUUAAUCUUAACGAUUCUUCUGGAAAAAGAUUUUCUUUGGGUUCUAAGUCAUCAAUUACUAAAUCUACUUUCCAUAAGAAACAGAAUAGAUGUGAAGAAUCUCUUUCACCUACAAAGUUAAAGAAAAAUAAACCUAACAAGAAUUCAGAGCAAUAUAGAAUUAACAAUGAGGAAUAUCUUUCAAAAGAACAAAAUUCCUAUAUACCACCUAUUUUUUCUAAUUUUUUACAGAAAUGUAGUAUCACAAUAUCAAAUGAUAGUACAUAUGUACUUAAUGCUCCUUCAGCUAUUGCUAAAUUGAAGAUGAGAAACUUAUUAAAUUCAAAGCAAUAUCAGAAAAAAGAUAUAAUUAAGUCAAUAGAGGAAUAUAUUAGAAAUGAAGAUAGUUUUGAAAAGAUGUUAAAUGAUAUGGAAUUAUCUACUAAUAAUAAAAGUUUUAGUAUUCUAAAUAAGAUAUCUCUGGCAAGAUUACUACUAGAAGUUACAGAAAUUCAAACAGAAAUAUAUAAUAUAUUAAUAUCUAAACUUAAUGAAUCUAUUCUUUUAGUAGAUACUCCAGAAAAAAUACCUUGGGCUAUACCAUUGUUACAUCAGUUUCGUUUUUUAGAUACUAUAACUAACGUUGAUGUAGUAACUACAAAUAUAGAACAACUAUUAGAAACAUGUCCAUUAUGGUUUCAAUAUGAACUCAUUUUAUUCUUGCCUGAUAUUUUAUCAGAUAUUCAACAUCGAAAUAUUGCUGAAAUAUUAACAAAAAUGUUAGAAGAAAAUUGUGAAUUGACAAAUGUAAUCUUAAAUUGCAUUGCUAGUUUUAAUCUUGAUAAAGAAUACUUAGAAGAAUAUAAAAUUAAAGUAUUACAUUUGUUAAAAACAAAUAUAAAAAUAGAAUUUAUUCCAAUUGUUAUCAGAUUUCUUCUUAAUAAUUAUACAUGUUCUGAUACUGUUAAACAAAUGUUACUUAUACUACGCAAUAUAGAAAUGCAGCCUCUUGUUGGGGAUAAAGUUGAGGACUGUUAUAAACAUCAAGUACAAAUAAUUCAAACAUUAAAGACGUUUAUGUUAUUAGAUAAAGAUAUUAUAAAUAUUGCAAUAAUGAUAGUAAAAGAUAUCAAUAAAGACCCCAAACCAUUAGAUUUAAUCAUUUUGCUUCUUGUAUUCUCUGGAACAAUAAAACAAAAAAAUGCAGAAGCCUUAUUAAAACAGAAUAUCCGUUGUGGUUUUUAUAGAAUAAGUCUGCUUCAUACACUUUACAAUGAUUAUAAAGAGGUCAUUCGGAUAUUACAAUCAUCAAUAUUACAAUUAGCAAGUAAAUUGCUAAAAUCUGAAGAACAAGUGUUUAUUAAUUUUGCAAUUGAAUGGUUCCGAUUGCAGUUUCUCAGUCAGAAAGGGGCGUUGUUUCAACAACGUGAGAUUAUAGAAAAGAUUAUUUUACUUAUGGGUAAUAAUGAUCAAACUGUAAAACAUGCGAUGACUAUACUUUGUAAAAUGGCAGAGAAUACAGUUGAAAGAGAUUGUUUAGUAUCUCAAUGCAAUCAUCUAAGAAUUUUAUUAGAGAAAAUAGAUUGUUUUGGACUUGAAGAAAUUGGCACUUUGAGUGAUUUAUUGCACAAAUUAUGUUUAAUUGACAAUGCUACUUUAGAAUCCUUACGAGAUGACUUAUUUAUAUUGUUGCAAAAGCAAUUGUCCGCCGCCAAACCAAUUACAAAAUGCAAAGGUGUCAUGGGAGCUGUAAUGGCAAUAAAACAUCUAGCAGGAAAAGCAGAAAGCUGUGAUAAAGCUAUAAAAUUAUUUAAUAAAGUAAUGAAGAAUGUGAAAAGUUGUUCUAAAUCACAACCUUUGUUUUACGACCAAUUGGCACAAAUUAUUGCAGAAACUGAAACUAUUAAUGUUAAUUUUCUUCACAAAAUUACUAACCACAUUGAAGACGAGUUUGUUAAUACAUAUAUGACAGAUAAACCACAAUCCAGUGAAGAUUUAGUACCUAAAUUUGGACUAAAUAAUGUAGAACAUGAACCAGAAAAUUAUGUACUAAAUUUUGGAAACAAAAGAAAUGGUCCAAUUGCACCAAUAUUGUUUAAACUUCUCAAGACAUGUUGUAUGAAGACCAACGCGCAUGGAGAAUUGGAAGCUAUAGAUGCUCUUUUAGGGUGUAAAAUGUUAAUGCCACAAAAUUUUGAUAUACCGGAACCUCCAAUAUUAGAUCUUAUUAUGUGUGGUAUUAAUUGGCUUAGGGAGAUAAUCACAGGCUUUGUCACACAAACAGAUCCAUUAUUACGAGAACAAGUAUUAAAACGUUUAGAUACUUUGAUAUAUUUGCAAGGUGAAUUGAAUAUGCUAUUAACAUUAUGCGACGUUAAAUAUCAACCUCCACCAUGUUACUUUCAUUAUUUUCCACUACCACAAUUUAUCAAAAUUGAAAGAAAGACUAAUAAAAAAGGAAAGAAGCCUAUGAAAGGAAAUAAAUUGAACAUUUCUGUAAAUGUAGAAGAUGAAUCCAGUGAGAUAAGUUCUAUAUUAUGUUCUAAAAAUCCAGCAUAUUUCAGAAAGUUCGAUGCAAAGAUAGCUCAUCUUUUGGAUAUUAAAAUAAAUUCACAAUCAUCACAAUCUGAGACAAAAGGCAUAUCGAUAAAACAAGUUUGUUUUGUUGUAAGAGAACUUUUAGCAAUAUUUGAAAAUGAACCUUCCAAAUCUUUUGUGAAAGAUUUAAUACACCUACUACCAAAAAUUUGCUCAAAAUUAGAAGAUGUUGUUGGCAGAUUGAGACAAGAAAAUACUCAUGAUUUUAGAAAAGCGGCAAAAUUAUUAUUAUGUCUACUCGCUACAAUUUUUAAUUGGAAAGGAUUUUUGAGUGUAACAUAUAAUACAUUGCUAAGAGAGGGAUUACGUAGUUUAGCUGCACAAAUUAAUGCAGAAAAUGUACGAUUACGAUCUUGUAAGGAACUUGUUACGGAAUCAUACAAAUAUUUUGAAUCGUUGUCAGACAUUGCUACGGAAAUAUCGUUAGCUACCGCUCUUGUUAAUAUGUGUCAAUCUUUAAUGAAACAUUCUGAGACUUAUACUCAACAACAUAAAAAUAAACAUGCAAAACUAGCUUAUGGAUUUCUUUGUCUGGAAUGGCCUGAGGACAGAUAUGCUGAUUCUCAAUAUAAAUUAUCCAUUAUUCAAUUAUUAAAUAAUUGGAUAGAUAAUGAACCGUCGCCACUAGAUACAGUGACAUCAAUUUUGGAAUGGUUACCAGACGAAGUUUCCAAUUUUGAAAAUAUCUUAACAAGAAUGCCUUCUCUAAAUAAAAAGAUUUUUCAUUUAUUAUACAAAAAACUCUUUGAUGGUUUAAAUAAAGGUAUCGAUAUAUCACUAUCAGCAGUCAAUUCUGAUCCAAAGAGAAUCAAAGUAUGGUACAGUAUUGCAUCAAAUGUUCAAAAACUUGUGCAAAUUUGUAAAACAUUGAAAACAAAUGUUAAUAUACAACUAUAUUUAAGAUAUAUGCCUCUUGUAAUAAAACAGUUUUUAAAUAUUGGUAUGCCAAUAUUAGAACAUAAUUUAAAGUAUCAAACAGAUGAUGUAACUUGUAUUCUAAAAAUGAUGCAAGGUGGUACACGAUAUUUACAUGCUAUAUGUUGUGACUGCACAGAAAAAAAGAACUUGCCAUUGACUAAAUAUGUGCCUGCAGCAAAAUCUAUAUUGGAAAAAUUAAUUUAUAGUGUGAAAGGAAUGUUAGUUCUUAAUGAUAGUGCAGCAGCUUUUUGGAUGGGAAAUCUUGUUAAUAAAAAUUUAGAGGGUCGCGAAAUUUUUUCACAGACAUCGUCAGAAGAAACCACUUUAUCAGAAAUUAAUGCAGCUUCUGAUGAAUUAAUAAAUGCAUCAUCUGAAAUUUUAGAUUCUGACUUAGAUGAUCCAAUAGAAACAGAGAUUGAAGACAAUGACAAUGACAUUGAUGAUUUAUAAUUUUUUUACAAUGGGUAAGUUAGAGAAUAAAGUAAA